CGGCUCGGCUACGUAUCUAACGGCGAGCGCGCCCCACAUCCCACGCAUCACAAUCAAAGAAACUGGAAACCAUCUCCGCAGUCUAGACUCCAGUUUCGCACGCAAGACGCCGCUCCUCAGAAGGAUGCUUCCCCCUCGUUUGUAUGCUCUAUGCGCCGUUCGUCGCGGUGGCGGCUCUCGGGCAUCGCAGCCCGCGAUUUUGCGACACGCGUUUUGGCCCCCACAGCAAAGUCCAUAUGGUGACCUCAACGGCCUCCCGCAGACACAUCAUGAAAAGACAUCUAGUCUACUUUUGUAGAAUGCGGUCAUUGCGUGAGCCUUAAGUGGAGUCCCGGAGCUAAUAGGUAUUUAGUCACGCACAAUCCCGAAUAAAUAUAUGGCUUCGUUACUCCCGACCUCCAAAGCUUGUAACGGCUGUCCAUCGUUUGUCCUUUGACUUGGUUCUAACAUCCACACCUCUCAAAACAUGCAAGGGAAGCAAGAGUACCGAGUGCAGCCCUCAAACAGCGAGGAUGCGCCUCCGGAGAGAGUGGAGGUCCUUAGUGACUACGACCUCCUCAUGCCAGCGACUUAUAUGCCAAUGGCUCUCAUUUUCGAGCUUUCCCCGGAUAUUGACAGGAUGAAAGUUGUCGAACAGCUCAAGGCUGGCCUGGCAGUGACGCUCAGUCAAUACCCGGUGAUGGCAGGAUCGCUUAAAAAAUCAAGCAAAGACGGCGGCAGACUUUGUGUCUCGAUAAAAAAGAACUCCACUCAUAGCUUCUGGGCAGUCUGGGACGAAAACAAGAACCUUCCUAGCUUCGAGGAGAUGAACAAGAGAGACUUCCCUGCCUCCCUGCUGGAAACCGAAAAGAUUACCACCGGAGAUUUCCUUGCAAAGCAACUGUUCUCACCCCUCGGAGACGAAAGAGAUGACGAGGUGCCAGUGGCGACUACGCAGGCCACGUUUAUUGAUGGAGGCUUGAUUGUGGCCCUUGCAGCUCACCACAUGAUUACUGAUGGACCCGGAUUGAACGGUUUUCUCCUUCAAUGGUCCGAAAACUCCAAGGCUCUUGCUGAGGGCACGCCGCUUCCAACCUUUGAUCUUAAGAACCUUGACCGCUCCCCUCUUUGUGCAAACUCAAUCCCUGAUGCCGCGCGAAUGGAAGAGCUCAACCACAAAGUCAAGGCUUUCUACCACAAAACAGACCCCACUCCACCGCUUCCGCCUGACUUCAAGAUGCCCGAAAUGACGCCUACCGAAUUCCAUUUCUCCAAGCGGGGCCUAGAGCAGCUAAAGGCCGACGCGCAGCCUACCGAAGGCAAUUCAUGGGUGUCGACGUACGACUGCAUUAUGGCUGCCGUCUGGCGCGCUGUUACACGCUCUCGCCUACCCAUGCACAACCCGGACCUUAACCUCCACAGCACGCUCCUCCACGCCGUCAACAACCGCAUGCGCGCCGAUCCACCUCUUCCUCCGCGCUUCCUAGGCUGUGCCGUCUCGCUCGCACGUCCUGAAGGUUUCUCAAUCGGAGAGUUAGUCGACAUGAAGAAUUUGCCACUCAUCGCCUCCGGUAUCCGCCAGUCUAUUCUUGCCGUCACUCCUGAGACCGUGCAGGAAACAGCAGAAUGGGUUGCCGGCACAAAGGACAAGAACACCAUCGACAUAAAGCUCAACGCGCAUAUGGGCUUGGACUUUGCUGGUACUAGCUGGCAACCCGUAACCGUCUACCAGGAUUUGGACUUUGGGUUCGGAUUGCCCAAGGCGUUACGGAGCCCGAAGCCGAACUGGGACGGGUACAUCUUUGUCUUACCGAGGCGUGUAAAAGACGAUCCCGAGGAGGGGAUUGAGACUUGCAUCUGUCUUGAAAAGAGUUGCAUGGAACGGCUUUUCAAAGAUGAGGAGUUGAGUAAGUACGCAAAGCCUAGGGGACUGUAAAGACGCUUGGAAUGAUUUUCGUUCUUACACAAAGUUGAGUAAAGGUUUAAUAUAACUACCCUGUU